AUGUCAAAAAAAUCUAUCGGAAUAACUUUCAAACCUCGAGAGCCGUACACUAAUAGAAUCAAAAGAAUUCUUGAAGACUAUCCAGAUGGUUCUCAAAUUCUCAGGGAAAUUCUCCAGAAUUCUGAUGAUGCUAAAAGCACCGAACAAAUAUUUAUUCUCGACCAUAAUGAUUAUCCGUCGACUCAAUUAUUCGAGCCUUUAUUGUCUAACUGUAAAACAAAAAAUUUAAAACUUGAACGUUAUCAAGGACCUGCUUUGCUAUCAAGAAAUAAUACUAUUUUUGAUGAAAGAGAUUUUUCCUCUUUAUUGAAGUUGGCUGAUAGUGAAAAGCGUGAUCAAUUUGACAAAAUUGGAGUUAUGGGUGUUGGCUUCAAUUCAAUUUAUCAUAUAACCGAUUCUCCUUCAUUUAUUACUAAUAGGAAUUAUGUGAUUCUUGAUCCACAUGAAUAUUAUUUCGAAGGCGGGCGUUCUUUUGAUUUCGUUGAAGACGAUUUACAAAAUUCUUAUAAAGAUCAAUUUUUGCCAUUCUCAAAGCCCUUUGGCAACAUUGAAUUCAACAAACCAUUCAAUGGAACAAUUUUUCGUUAUCCACUAAGAACUGAGCAAGAUUCUAUUGAUUCUAAUAUUUCUAAUAUAAGUUAUAGUCCAAGUAAAAUAUUGGAAAUGUUUGAAAAUUUUUAUCAAAAAGAAAGUAUCAGUUGUUUACUUUUCUUGAAAUACAUCGAAACAAUUUCUUUCUAUGAAUUUAAAAAAGGCGCCAUGGAACCUGAUUUGUUAUACCAGAUUGAAUUAAAAAAUGCUGAUAAAGUUAAAAGUCGACGUCGAUUAGUUGUCGAGCAAAUUGUCAAUCAAAUGAAAAUUUUUCAAGAUCAAAGAGUUGACACCAGUAUUUCUAAACCAGCAUACAUUGCCGAAUUUAGUAAAUGUGUUAACGAAAAGGAUAGCAAGCCAGAAAUUCAAAAAUGGUUGAUUCUAAAUUACUUGGAUAAUCUUAAUAAAGCAGAAAAAUAUUUCAUAAAGCAAUUUCAAAGAAGCAUUGGAGAAUACAAAUUUGUUCCAAAUGUCGGAUUAGCUGUUUGUUUAGAUGAUCAGCAAGCAAUUGGUCGAUUAUUUUGUUUUCUGCCACUCCCUAUUGAAAUGCCUUUUAGAGUUUCUGUUCAUGGAUAUUUUGCGGUUAGCACAAAUCGCCGUUCUUUACCUGCUGAUAAUGAAGAUCUGGCUGUAGGUUCAUUGGCUCGUCUUAAAGUUGGUUGGAAUCAAUAUUUGUUUAACCAAGUGUUACCAUCUGCAUGGGUAGAAUUGUUACAUCAACUAUGUUCUUCUCAUGUGAUCUACAACAAUUCCAAAGAAUUUUAUUCACUUUGGCCAUUAUUUUCAUCAAAAAGAUCCAGUGUCAAUAAAUUUUGUAAAGAUAUUUUAUUAAAUGUUGUGGAAAAUAUUAAAGUUGAAGACAAAGUUUUUUUUAAUGAAUCACAAACACAGGAUCAAAGAAUAUUCAAAAUUUUGGCAGAUUUAGGAUUCCCUGUGAUCGAAGUUCCUAGUGAAAUAUUAAUUGUGUUGAAGGAAUCUAAAAAAAAUGGGUCUUCAAUUAAAUUCUAUUCACCCAGAAUUGUAAAAAUGUUUUUCUAUGAAAGGAAAUAUCUGCUGGAAAAUAUUCCAAGAGAUAAAAUUCUCAUCAUAUUUAAUUAUAUUUUGGGUGAUGAUAAAUCAGAUUAUUUAGAUGGAUUAAAAAUGAUUCCAUUAUCUGAUGGAUCAUUAGGCACAAUUUCAACAGCAUCAUCAAACGAAGGAGAGGAUGAGGAUUAUUAUUAUAUUGGUCCUGACAAUAAUCAAGUAAUGCUUGAAUAUGAUGAGAGAAAGAUUUUUAAAAACUGUUUAGCAAAAUUCGUUGAUAAAGAAAUUUCAUCAAAUUUAUGGAAUAAAUUGUACAACAAUGCAAAAGCGAAUCGUCAUGGAAUCAGCAACAUUAAAAUUUUGAAUGAAAGCGUAGUUGCUAAAAUGAUCAAGUCAAACCUGGCUAAUUCGGUUAAUUAUAAUGAAAAAUACGAUGAGAUAAAAAUGCAUAAAAAUCAACGCGAAUGGAUUUAUCAGUUAUGGGAUAAUUUAUUGUGCAGAAAAAUGUUUGAAUUUAAACAUUUUGAGAAUCUUCAUAUUUUACCAACUAAUGAUGAUAAUGUUAAUAUUACUUUGAGGAGAUUAAAAACUAUUCAAAAAUGUUUUUGUUAUAGUGAUAAGAAAAGCAACUCUUCAUCUGAAGAAAUAGUUACCAUUCUUAAAUCUUUUGGACUUGUUUUUGUUGAAAAAGAAUUUAAUGAAAAUUUUGCACCAAAAGAAACCAGAUUAGAAAAUUAUGUAUUCAACAUCACAGAUGCAGUAGCAGUGUUAAAGUCAUUGAAAUCCAAUAAACAAUAUCCAAACAAUUUAUUACCGCAUCAAUUAAAUAAACAAAAUUCUCUUUUAUUUUCAAAUUAUUUAGCAAAAUAUUUGAAAAAAUAUACCGAACUAGAUCAGUUAUUGCUAGAACCUAAAAAUAUUAUCGAAGUUUUAAGAUAUCUUCCUAUAUAUAGCGAGGUAGAUGAAAAUGACAAAUUGAUUAAUUUGGUUGUAACUAACAAAAAAUGGUUUCUUCUACCAACAGAAGAUGAACAAUCUUAUGGAAAAAUUAUUGUGCCAAAAAAUAAAGAUGGAUUUUUACAUGUUGGAACUGAUAGUAGUGACAGUUACAGAUAUCUGCUUGAAGAUGUAAUCAAAAUCCCACGUCUACAACAUGUAAGAUAUUGGAAGGAAUUUGUUUUACCAUAUUUGGAAAAACGUAAUUUUGAUGAAAUUAAAGUAGUUAUCGAAAAACUUUUUCAAGUAUCACCUGUACUUAUGAGAAAUGAUAAUGAGUUUAAAGAGAAAUUGGCAGAGACUAAAUUUGUACCUAGUGGAACAAUGUUGAUGGUGCAAGGAAAAACAGAAGUUGAUGAUAAAAUUGUAUUAUCCAAACCGAAGGAACUUUAUGAUCCAGAGCUUCUAGAAUUCUUCUUUGAAAAUGAAAAAAUGUUCCCUAUUAAUGAUUUCGUUGCACCAUCAAAUAAUAACAACAACAAUAGCUAUCAUAAAAAAACUGCUCAAUUAAGUAAUGGUUUUCUUUAUGAAUUGGGAUUAAAACGUUCAUUUUCAAGUAAUGACAUAUCUGAUCGAAUAAAAUCUUACUGUGAUCAUAGAAAAAAUGCUGAUAAUGAGAAAUUGGAAAUUAUACACAAAAAAUCUUUAAAUUUUCUGAAAUAUAUUGACAGUACAUGGGAAAAAAAAAAGAUUUAUGAAUAUAAAAGCGGACCUGAAAAGUCACUUCUUAGUAAUAUUGCAGAACUUGAAUGGAUUCCUACAAUUGAUUGUAAUGGAGGAAAAAAAUUUUCAAGAGCUAAAGGUUGUCGACCACUUAAUGACAAAAAAUUAGUUGGACUUGUAAUGCCAAUUGUUGAAUGCAGUCUUGAAAAUAAAUUACUAAAAGAAAUUUUUGGCUGGAAUAAUUAUGUUCCUGUUGAAGCUGUGAUCAAGCAAAUGCAGGCUUGUACAACAUUAGCACCAGAAAAUAAAUUUUAUCGUCAUAGAUCAGGAGUUUGUAAGAGUAUUUAUAAAUAUAUCGAUGCUGCAAGGAAGGGAGCUGAUCAACAAUCUCAGAAGGAACUAUGGAUGCUUAAAAAUGAGUUUAAGGGAAGACAUUGGAUUUUUUGGGAAGAUCGAUUCUACAGACCAGACCAAGUAAUCUUGAAUUUGCCAAAAAAAUUACAAAAUCGUGAUUCUCUAAUUAUUCAACUUCCAGUGGAGUAUAAGCGUGAGUUUGAAGAAAUGUUUAGAGAAAUGGGUAUUCGUGAAAACGUUGGAAUUUCUGACUUUAUUAAUGCUAUAAAAAGCAUUAAUAAAGAAAUUAACAAUGGUCCAUUAUCUCCAACUCUGCUUGAUAAUGUGAUGGAAUUGCUUGAGCAAAUAUCUGCUUUAUUGUCAAGUGAUAGUAGAUACAAAUCAAAUAUGGAUAUAAGUUUAUUAGAUGGUUUAUUGAUUCCAAAUACAAAUACCGAGCCUAAACUCGUUGAUAUCAAUGUCAUUCAGUUUUAUAAUAUGCCUGAAGCUGAUAAAGACAAUGAUAAAUUUGCACAUCCAAGAAUCUCAUUAGAUAUGGCAAAAAAAUUAAGACUAAAAAUGCUCAAUGAAACUUUCAUCGAAUCAAUCAACGUUCCUUUUGAAUUCGAAGCAUUCGAACAAAGCGAGCCUUUAACAGUUAGAUUAAAAAAUAUUAUUGAAGUCACAACUGAAUUUUGUAUUUUUGUGGAUGAUCGUGAUUUCAGGUCAAGGAAUCCUGGAAACAAUUCAAAACUACUAUCGCCAGAAAUGCACGAUUGGCAGGGUCCUGCUCUUUGGAUUUAUAAUAAUGCGAAAUUUACUAAAGAAGAUUUUCAAUCAUUUUUAAAACUUGGUGUUGGUGGUAAAAAAAAGGAUUAUAGUAAAAUAGGACGAUUUGGUCUUGGAUUCAAUUGUGCAUAUCAUAUUACAGAUUGUCCAAGUUUCGUUAGUGGUGAACAUAUCGCCUUUUUAGAUCCACAUACUAAAUUCCUACCAGCUAUAGGCCAUCCACCAAUACGUCGGCGUGGAAAUAUAUUAAAAUUUCUUGAAAAAAGCUUCGACAUUCAUUUCCAAGAUCAAGUACGACCAUACAAAGGAAUUAAAAAUUGUGAUUUUACAAAAGAAUUUGAUGGAACUUUGUUCAGACUCCCGUUUAGAACACAAAUAUUAGCCGAUAUGAGUGAAAUAUCAAAUAAAGUAGAAAGACCUGAUUCAAUAGUUGAAUUAUUAUCUAAAAUUGAAGGAAGCCGAGAAAUGAUUUUUUUAAAAAACAUUAAAUCUUUUAGUGUGCAUAGAAUUACAGACGAUGAUGACGAUGUUGAUAAUCCAAUUUUAAUCUGGAAAGCAAAUAUGCGUCUUCCCGGUGAUUUAGGAUCUAUUCGAAGUACCUUUAACAAUAUUAAUCAUGCAAGACCUUUUGAACUAUGUAUAGAAAUAGAGAGUAAUGUUUACAAAUGUGAAAAUACUGUGACAAGUUCUGAAAAAUGGUUAAUUUGCAAUGGUGAAGAAUCAGAAACAUUGGAUAGGGAUUUACAAAAUCUUUUGAUUAGUGAAGGUUUGAAACCUAGAGGUGGUGUUGCAAUGUUUUUAGCUCAAGCAGACAAGCCAUUAGAUAAAAUUCAUAAUGGUAUUCAUUUGGAACCACCGAAUCUCAAAGGAGAUAUUUACGUAUAUUUGCCACUUCCAAUUAAGACAAAUUUGAAUGUACACUUAAAUGGUGAAUUUUUAGUGACUAAUGAUCGAAGUAGUGUUCUACAAUUAGAUAAUAAAUCGACACAGUCGGGAGAUACUCAAGGAAUAAUUCUUAAGUGGAAUCAAUAUAUUUUACAAAAAAUAUUGCCUACUUUACAUGUUAAAUUAUUGGAAUAUAUUGCAAAAGAAGAUCAUAAAAGAUUCAAAGAAUUUGAGGAUGAUCCAAAUAAUUUUGAUGCCUAUACUACCACACAUUUUUGGCCUGUUAUUAAUAAUGAUGUUAAUUUUAGAAUUGACACAAUAUACAAACAAUAUGGUUUAAAAGUAUUACGAAAAUUAAUUGAAAAAAAGAGUAAAAUUUUUUGGACAGAAGCAAAUGGUGGCGAAUUUGUCAGUGCUGCAGAUGCAUUACUUUUCGACGAUAAAGAAGAUAUUGAUAUACAUCUUUUUACACAAAUAGGAAUUCCAAUUGUUAAAUUGGAAGAGAAAAAGUUGAAAAAUUUUGAAACGAGAUUUGGAAUGAUUAAUCACCAGCUUUUUGACGCAGAUAUGGUUUGCGAUUCAUUAAAACAAGUGGACAAAGAUCUAUUAAAUCAUCAACAGAUAUUCAAAUUUUUAAAUUUCAUCCUUAUUACGAAGGAAAAAUCAUAUGAAAAAUUAUUGAAAUUACCUUUGGUUCCGUUAUGUAAUGACGAUGUGGGCUACUUUGGAGAAAGUUCAUAUUUUAUCGAUCAAAAUGAAGAAUGUAAAUAUUUAUUCCCAAAAUCGUAUUCCAAUUCAAAAUUCAUUUGUAGUAACUUACCAAGUAAACUCAAAAAGAUUUUUCGUGAAGCGGAAUUCUCAAAAACAUUGAAAAUUAAUGAAGUAGAUGCAAAUGCGAUUUUAGAUCUUAUAGGCCAUGAAUUACCUGGUGUAGAUUUUCACUGGGAUCCAGAAUCUAGUUCCAUACCAAAUCGUAAAUGGCUUGACUGUAUAUGGAAAAAAUUAAUGUCUGCCGAUUAUGAUUAUUCAAAAUUGAAAUCAUAUCCUCUACUCGCAAUGACCCAUCCAAGUCAUCAACUUGUCUUACCAAAUCCUACAUGUCCAUUAUUAUUAAUAGAUAGUGAAGAAGAUUUGGUCUUUAAAGUUCUGACGAAAUUAAAAGUUCGUUUUACUGAUAUGAUUUUCCCUAAAAUUGCAAAUCCACAUCUUCAACAGUUCAUUGUUGAAUGGAGCUUUACAAAUGUUCUUAAAGCGAUUGAAAAUGUAGCCAAUAUAUCCCAUUUAGGAAUUAAAGGAUUAUUUACACAAGCUGAUUUGACUGACAAAGACAUAGAAGUGAUAAGAUUAUUUGUCAAAAAACAUUUUAAUUUAUUUGGAAGAUCAACAAAAAAAGAAAGAGUUAAACCUAUUCUUAACAAAUUGCGAAUUUGGCCUGUGCAUUCAUCAACUCGACGUGAUUAUGUUGCAGCUGUAGAUGGUUUAUUAUUACCAAAAACUCUUCAAAAAGUUUCUUUCCAGGUUGACACUAAUUAUUUUUUGACAGAAAGUGACCAUGAAUAUAGCAUUUUAGUUGAAUUGGGUGCCAAUACUGUUGAUUCCUACACUGUUUUGACACGAGAUUUAUUGCCGUACAUUCUAAACACACCAGAUCAAGAUUAUGUUGAAUUUUUAAUAAAUGUUUUAUUGUUAAAUGAACCAAGGAUUGAAUAUUAUUUCAGAUAUCAACAAUCAAGAAUUCCGAACAAGACAUUAUCCGAAUAUCGUAAAGCAAAUGAAUUGUAUGAUGAGAGUGUGCCAUUAUUUAGGUCAAUUUUUAGAGAAUCAAACAGAUUUUUACCUGAUAAAUUGCAAAAUCAUCCAGAAUGUUUGGACGCUUUAAGAAGAAUGGAUUUUAGAAAUAGUGUUAAUGGUGAAUCGUUCGUAGAGUGUGCCGAGGAAAUCGUUAGGCAUAUCCAAUCUGGAGACACUCCAUUUAAUGUUGUUAAACAAAAGGCUAAAGAUCUUUUAGAAUAUUUUUAUCGAUAUCACAAUACAGAUUUACUAAGAUUUACCAGUGGGGAUCAACUCAACCGUUUUUUAAAUAUUAACUUUGUUCCAGUAGCAAAAAACCUAGAUUUCCCAUAUAAGGAAACUAUAAAAAGUGAUAUAUAUUAUGAAUCACUCAAUUCUAUAUGUUUUCAAAGACAUCGUGAUUUAUGUUGGACCCAAGUUUGUCUGAUUGAUCGAAGUAUUGAACCACCGGACUCAUUUUUUAUUGCGGGAUUAGGUUUUCCAAAAUUCCAACAAAUAUUUGACCAUUUAUGCUAUUUAUCAUUAGAAUCACGGAAAGGUAACACAGAUUGGAUACCACAAAAUGCGGAUAAAUAUAUAUUAAAAUCUAUAAAGGAAAUAUAUACCUAUUUAAAUAAUUGUUUAGAAACUAUAAGUGAAGACGAACUUCAAGAAACUUUUCAAACAUAUGAGCCUGUAUUUUUAAAUGGCGAGAAUCCCUUUACAGAUAGUUGGAAAAGUGGUAAUCAACUUGUAUUUGAUAUUCCGGGGGACAUUGAUAACAAUAUAUGCAAAGUUAUGCCAAAUCUGGAACCAUAUAAAAGUUUGUUAAAGGCUUCUGGUGCAAAAGAAUUGAAAGGUAUUAAUUAUAAAGUAAAAGUUGGUGAAUAUUCUCAACGAGAUAAGUUAUUAAAAAGGUUAGAUGAUGGUUUGGCUGGACAUCCGGCUACUCGUCAUCAUGAUGUGAUAUUUAAAGUUGGAGAUGAAGAAGUGGAAGAAAUUGGUGCAAAUAGAUAUGUUUUAUCUGAAGAAUCAAUCGAAUUCCAAAAGGUUUAUGUUGAAUUGACGGAUAUAAAACCUGAAGGGUUUAAAAUACUUUUAAGAUGGCUGUAUGGGCAAUCACUAGAUGAAUUGAUCAACGAGCUUGCGAAAAAAAAGGCAGAAGUUGAUGAUUAUGAAAGUUAUUACUUGAAACUAUUACUUGGAAUUUUAAAAUAUUCUGAUAUGUAUGUUAUUGAUGAGUUAAAAGAAAGAUUAGAAGAAAAGAUUUUGAUUAGUCGUUAUAUUGGGCCCGAUAAUGUUAUAGAAGUCAAGGAAUGGGCAGAGGAUAGCAGGGCAAAUCAAUUGGUUGAACGAUGCAAUCAAUAUAUUGAGGACAAUGAAGAGUUGAUAACGAUGCAAAGAAACAAUGAUAUUGGACAUGCCGGUGAAAAGACGCGGCAAGAAAAAGGAGAGGUAUUAUUUGAAAAUACGCGACAAGACAAAGGAGAAGUAUUAUUUGAAAACAAGCGACAAGAGAAAGGAGGAAAAGUUUUUGAUUAUUUUUUUUAA